AUAACUCGUCGUGAAGCUUUUUAACAAUCUGUCAGCAAUCAGAAAACUAAAACAACAAAAUCUACUUGUUUAACAAGCUGUCAACGAAUCACAAAACUAAAACAACAGAAUUUACUGAUCCUUAAAUUCUCCGACCUUAUAGACUUAGAAUUCUUCUAUUCUAUCAUAUAAAUCUCAAGUACAAUCUACACAUAUUCCUAUACACAAUCGAACAUGUUAAAUCAGAAUUGCAAUUGUGGGGGUUAGCUUUCGUGAUCAUCUGUCCCAGCCCCCUCCUUCAACGGCAACUUUUUUUAUGCUUAACGCGAACCUUUCAUUCAUCCAAUUUCACAACAUGAUAUGCCUAAUCCAAUCCCUUCAACUUUUUACCAAAGCUGUACACAAUUCUUCCAAUUCAAUCACUAAAUGGGUCUCUGAAAAAAAUCUUUCAAAUGGUGUUCAAAAUUCAUUCUAGUCAAAGGACAAAGAGACAAACGUAGCAAUGAAAAAACCAAGCAAAACCUCUGCAAUUCAAGCUACAACUAUGUCGUUUUUGUUUUUAAUCUCGCCCUUGUUGGGUGAAUCACAACCACCUUCUUCACAGCCCUUCUCCUUCACAAAACUUCUGUACAAGCAGUGUAAUUCUAAAGACAAUCCCAAUGCAAAUGCCCUGGUCACCACCCUCGCCACGAAUGCUCCUCUGGGUGGCUUCUCUAUGUCCGUGGAAGGAAAUGGGUCAGAGAAAUUGUAUGGAGUUUUGGAGUGCAGAGGUGACCUGAAUAAAAAGGAAUGUGCAGCUUGCUCUUCCGUGGUGGUUUCUGAGCAGCAAAACCAUUGCAAAGAUUCUAGCAGUGUAUGGUUACAGCUUGAGGGAUGCUACCUUCGGUAUGAGAGAUACCCUUUCUUUUGGAAACACCAUGAUUUUUAUGAAUUAUAUCAUCAGUGUGGGAUGGGUGAGAAUCGGAGCUAUUACUCUUUUAACCCUGAUGAUUAUGAGGUCUUGGAAGAGGUGCUCUUCACUGCGCCAUUCCAUAAUGGGUUUUCAGCAGCAGGGAAUAACAAAUCAGGAACAAGCACCUAUGCACUUGCUAAUUGUAAUGCCUAUUUGAGCCCUGAUGACUGUGCUGUUUGUCUGAGAGUAGGCUUGUACUUCUUGCAAUUUGACUGUAUGAGUCCUGAUUACAUGGGGUAUGAGGAGGAGGCUGGUGGUGUAAUAGUGCUGGACAGUUGCUUCUUGCGCUUUGACAAGUAUAGGUUUUUUGAUCAAGAAGAGAAAGGAGCCUGGUGGAAUACAAAGUUUCCUUCAGCACCGCCUAGCAAGAUAAAAAAACUGGCGAUAGCCAUAUCAUGCGGAGUAGUGGGUGGAGCUAUAUUUGCUUUAUGUUUGGUGGGAAUUUAUGUCAAAAUUAAGGCUAGAAAACGCUUGGCACAAGUUCAUUGCAUAGCCGUAGAUGGUGAAGUUACUGAACUAUCAAAUGUGUCCACCAACAUUCCAGUUGCAAAUCCUCAAGCGUCAAACACCUAGUUUGGCAGUUUUCUGCGAGGAAUUAUAGCACAGCUUACAAUUUGAUUUGAUGUAAAUAGUUUUCCACUCCAAAGUUAUAUUCAUCUCUUUUUUUGUGGAUGAGUGGUCGUGCAUAAAAUGGAGUGCUUUUAACUGUUUUAGAAAUGUAUUUUCAUCAAUAUUCAUCUCAAGGCAACACAAUCUUCAAUAGCACAGGAUAAUAAUUUCUAAUAAAUCAAUAAUCAAUUAUUAUUAGCA